ACACUGAUUUUUGCAUUACACACGUCCACGAGGCAGUCGGCGUUUUGAUACUUUUAUUUACAUUUUGGAAGUCAAACUCAAAAAUGGUAUCGCAGGAACAGAUCAAUGCCAUUGGCGGCGUGCUAAACAAUAAGGAACGUCCGCUCAAAGAACGCUUUAGGGCGCUCUUCACCUUAAAGAACAUUGGUGGCGGCACAGCCAUCGAGGCAAUAAGCAAAGCCUUUGAUGAUGAUUCCGCAUUGCUCAAACAUGAGUUAGCUUAUUGUCUUGGACAGAUGCAGGACACACAGGCACUGCAGAUACUCACCAAGGUGCUAGAGGACACCACUCAAGAGCCGAUGGUACGCCACGAGGCUGCUGAAGCACUGGGUGCUAUUGGAGAUCCAAAAGUGCUGCCACUCCUCGAGAAAUACAAAGAGGAUCCAGUAAUUGAGGUUGCAGAAACAUGUGCCAUUGCCUUGGAUCGCGUGCGCUGGGUGCAAAGUGGCCAACAGGUGGAUGAUCAGAAUCCUUAUGCCUCGGUGGAUCCUUCCCCACCCACCGCUGGCAAGAAGAGCGUCGAGGAACUAAAGACGAUUUAUUUGGAUCCCACUCAAAGUCUCUUCGAUCGUUAUCGCGCCAUGUUUAGUCUAAGGAAUCUGCGCACCGAAGAGAGUGUACUGGCCAUUGCUGAGGGAUUGAAGGACAAGUCAGCGCUGUUCCGUCACGAGGUUGCCUUUGUCCUUGGUCAAUUGCAGGAGCCGUGCAGCAUUCCGCAUUUGCAAGAAAAUCUUGAGGAUCGUCUGGAGAAUGAAAUGGUACGUCAUGAAUGCGCAGAAGCUUUGGGCGCCAUUGCAACAGAGGAAUGCAUUCAGAUCUUGAAUCGUUAUGCCGAUGAUGACAAACGCGUUGUGAAGGAAAGCUGCGUCAUUGCACUGGACAUGUGCGAGUAUGAGAAUAGUCCAGAAUUUCAGUAUGCGGAUGGUUUAACUAAACUUGAUGGAACGAAGUGAUUGCUAGUUUAAGUAAAAUCAUAUUUUAUUGUAUAUAAUAUUUGUUAAAUUUUAUAUUCUAUUUGUAUUACGCCUGGUUUUGUAUGCAACUGUGAAUCGUAUCUAAUCAGAAGCGAGAUAAAUAAUCAGACAAACGUGAC